AUGAAAUUCGGACAUGAAUACGAGCAAAGCUUGGCAGAAGCACGCUUCCCAGAACAGUGGCUCGGAAGUGCUAUCGACUACAAAUACCUCAAGAAAUGCAUCAAGAAGGUGCAUAGAGAGCUUGAUCAGUGCGGCCUGGACCCAGAUACCAUAGUCCGACUGAGCAAAGAUGCCGAUGGCACUGGUGAACGCCGUCUCAGUACUGUUCGACAACAAUUACAGGCUGCCCAAGCGCCCGAUGAAUCGCCUCUUAACUCCAUAACGGAAGAAUUCAGCCCACAGCUUCGAGUCCUGGUGGACAGCAAGACUGGCACUCCGCUGGACGCCACGCUGACUGAGGAAACGAAGGUUGGCCUGCAGAAACUGGCGCAGCACGAGACAACAAUUGGCCACCAGAACCCACAUUUGGCAGCCCACGCCACUCAUGCUGUGCUCGGGCAUAACGGCGGUCCUGUCACGCAAGAACGAACAGUGUCUCCACCACCAGACACAAGCGACGCCAAGUGGGUUCAGAUACCCCUAGCUGCUGCAAAGGACUUCUUCGAUCUCCUUGGACCCAAGCUUGAUCAGCUCGAGCAGCUCCGGAUUGUCGAGACUGAGAAGCUUGAGAUGGAGAUACUGGAUCUAGGCGAUAUGGUCGAAGACGUUGUGGAGCCCGUGCGGGAAGGUUAUGAAGCUGUGCGUGAAGUCAACUACCGCGAUCUAUACUUCUGGCGCGAGAUGUUUCGGAUGUACAUGGAAAAUCCCAUCUUCUACGAUAGCACGGAACAGAGGCGCGGGGCUGUUACAUACGAAGAGGCCAAGACCCGGCUCGAGGCCUACAAACAGCAGCUGAAAGACACUGGAUUACUCGCAAAGAUGAAGACGCCAGAGGCACGCAAAGCCGCCAAGCAAUUCCUGAAGCUCAAUGUCGACAUCCUCAGCAUCAUGCGUUUUCAGGAGAUGAACAACAGAGCCAUGACUAAGAUUCUGAAGAAGUUCGACAAGCAGACGCAUCUCGAGGCGCAGCCAUUUCUAAAGGAGCUCGUGGAGAAGUACCCGGCUCUCACACCGGCAUCUGCCAAUGGCGGCGCAGCGAAACAUUCGGGAGGCUUCGCAGAAUGCAUCGCCCGCGACCUACAUGCCGAGAUAUCGACAAAAGUGCUUUCCAUUGUCCCUCAAAUCCAAGACUGGACAUGUCCGGUGUGCACUGAGAUGGCGUGGCGACCAGACGAGAACAUGACGAGGUGUCCCGCAUGUAAUGCAGAGACAGUGAUGAAAGCCGAUGGUCGAAACAUCAAUUUCGAGGCAAUGGAUUUCUUGGAGAAAUAUUUUCCCUUGGAGACGAAGAAGCGGCAGAAGGAUAAUGAGAAGGCCAGUCUGGAGAGGACUUAUGGGGAGGAGUUCACCAAGCCUGGGUGCUCGAUCAUGUAA